AUGCAAGUGAAGGUUGUGCUCCCUAGUGGAGAGGUCAACGUGCCUGUGGAGCCGAACUCCACCCCUGGACACCUCAAAGAAAACCUCAAGUACAGCAUCCGGGUACCACCGAAGCAAAUUAAGCUUACCUGCGAAGGUCGGGAACUGGACGACAUCAAGCCGCUUGCUGGCGAGCCAAACAAUGUCACAGAUGGGGCGGUGCUCGUUGCAGAGAGACGGGAAGGCGUGGUGGAGGACGAAUCGCUCUCCGCAAAGUCUUCCCCGCCUCCAGCAAUGAUCCGAAAGGAAGAGCCCCCAAAGCCAAAGAAGCCCAAGAAGGACGUUGUCAGACCGACCUUGUCAGAGGGGGAUGUCAAGAAGGACAAGACCCUCUCACCGGGACACCAGGGCUGGGCAGUGAAGUCCGCUUACCUUGAGGCCAAGUCAAAGAAAAGACACAUGGCCUACCUGAAGAUCGAGAACUCCGAGGAGAAAAAGGCGUAUCCAGAACACGAAGACUUCUCAGUGGUUUUGGCUUUGGGUGACCCUCAGUGCUCGCCCGUCUGGACCGCGGUAGUGCAGCAGCUGGAGAUUGGCGAAAGAGCAACCUUCACGCUCUCACGGAAGGCUCUGGACUUCAACCCAGAGAGCCUGGCUCCAGAUGACUUCGUCUCAGCAUGGGAGGUGGAGCUGAUCCGUGUGGUGGAAGUUGAGGAUGUCGCUGAAGACUAUCAGCAGCUCUGCCCUCAGCUGUGGUAUGGGCAUGCUGGGGUAGGCACGGUCAGUGGCCUCACAGAGCUGAUGAGGCUUCUGGAAAUCGAGAUUACGGGCGGAAAGGAUCGGGCAGAGGACUUGGAUGCGGCGGCUGUACACUGGCGUGUUAGGAGGUGGAUGCCUGAGGGCACAUUUUGCAUUGCCAGCAGUCGGGAGCGAAUCGCCAUUUUGCCCGGCUAUGGCCUUGUGCCCAUCGAGGAUCAGAACGCGCCUCCUGUGUCCAUUGCAGUGGGCGAAGGCCAGCAGGAGGCUGUGGAGCUGAUCGCGGCUCGUCUUGGGCCAGGUGGCAAGGGGCACCUCUACCUGAAGAGCCAAGCUUUGAAGGGAAAUCGACCAAACGGUUGUGUCAUCAUGGACGUGGAGCUGGUAGCCUUGGACCCCUGCAGAGGACCCGGUACACCAGGUUGGCGAGGGUGGCAGAGCCUCAUCAACGAACGCGAGACUGGCGACCAGUGGCUCGAUGAAGCCGAUGGCAGAAGGAAGCAGCUCGAAACCUUCGGGACCUUGCGAAAGUCCACCGAGGACUCCAAGGGGGCAGAAGCACAUGUCGCGGAGCAGGUGCACAAAUUUGCAUACAAUGCUGAACGCCGCUACAGGCGUGGCUUGAAGUGGAUAGAAAUGGACAAAAAGGACGAUCGCAAGCUGCAGCUGGAGCAAGCAACACUGAGGAUGAGGCUAGCGAAGGCAAUGUCGCUUGCUCACAUGCGAUUCGGCGAGAAUCCGGAGCCAGCGAACGAGUCUGAGAAGGCGGCACUGAAAGAGGCUCGUCAGCUUCUGGCAGAAGUUCUGAAAGUCAGCGAGGAGCUCAAAAAUGAUGGCGUCAAGUACGAGUGCAUGAAGAUGAACCUGCAGGUCUGCAUCCAAGAUGAGGAUGUACCUGAAGCCAGAAAAGUACUCUCCCAGUUGCAGGAAGAGAGGCCCGAUGACGAGGACCUCAAGAGUGACAACGCCAGGAUCAACCGACUUGAAAAUGAGCUCUCUCUCAAGAAGGGCGCUGGGACCGUGGAGGAGCUGCAGAAGGAUUUGCAGCAAGCUGUUACGGCAGGCGACAAGCCGAAGGUCGGUGAGAUCCUUGAAGCAUUGCUAGGGAUGUUCAAGGAGAGCAAGGUGACCUAUGACGCAGUGAAGACCUGCAAGGUCGGAAAGGAUGUAGGCAAUGCAAUGAAAAUGGGAGACCCUGACAUUGCUGCCCUUGGUCGGAAGGCAGUUGGCGAGAUCCAGGCUCUUGCACAGAGGGCGGCAUUGGGGAUCUGA